AAUUCUCUCUCGAUCUCGGUCUGUCUCUCUUCAGCGUCGUCCCGAAGGCCCCCGGGGCCCUCUCCCCCGCGACACCGAGCAAGCGCCGUACGCGUCGUCGAUAUGCACUGGCAAUGUGUCCCGUUUAACGUUAAAUAAUUUAGAAACGAAAAUAUCGUGUGCGUUUUUGUGUGUCGAGUACGCGUCGUCCAAAGAAACAAGAAAGACAAAAAAAAAAGAAACAAAACGUUUUCUUGUCUAAAUCGUUUGGUAAAUCCCCCAUCGGUUAGUUCGGCGAGUGUCUGUCUCUUUUGGGUUGAAAAGUGCGUUUGUUUACAUGCCUGUAUUUGGGUGACUAUAUUAUAGUGUGGUUCCGUUUGUUUUUUUCUCGUUCACCCAAGUAUUUUGGAUAUUAUCCUUCUUCCAGGCCUUUCAGUCACUUGAUUUAAAUUCCCGGCGCCACCGUCGUCGGAUCGAGUCGGGAGUAGGGAUAGUCAUCAGCUGGACCCGUCGCGACGACGUGCGUCGCUUCUCCCUUAUCCAGUCGACGUCAGGCGUCUGUUUGUUCCCGAUCGACGUCACGCGGGCGUCGCAACGCGCAUCUUCGUGUCGUUCAGAAAUUUUGAUUUAAAAAAAAAAAUUAAUUUAGAUCGGGUGAGCGGGAGUGCCAUUGGACGACGACGAUAUGUUGUGAUAACUGUACCGGUGGUUAUUUUGUGAUUAAAAAAGAGGAAUGUAAUGAUUUUUGGAUAGAAAGGGGUUGUUUUUUGUUUUUUUUUGGUUGUUGGUUGAAGAAGGAGAAGAGAAAAUGCAGGGUGUUCUUUUGGUGGCUGUGCUAACUGGAUUUGUUUGGCCGGGAUGUUUCGGUUCUUGGCAGGAGAACGUCAGGCCGAAGAUGUAUGUUCAAUUAGGUGCCGAAGAUGAUCUCCAUCGCUUCGUAGGCAACGACACCCACACGGACUACUUCAGAUUAGUGUUAAGGGAUGGGGAAUCCCUUCUGGUGGGCGGCAGAAACGUCGUCUACAAUCUGACCUUUUCCGAUUUAACGGAGCAACAAAGGCUGAUUUGGUACUCGAACGAACAUGACGCCAAAAUGUGCGUUAUGAAGGGUAAAGACGAGGAAAAAUGCCAAAAUUAUAUCCGCAUAAUGGCGAAAAGUGCCCAGGGCCGUUUAUUGCUGUGUGGAACGAACGCGUUCAAACCGGUUUGCAGGGAGUACAACGUCCUCAAUAAGAAUUACACCGCCGAAAAGGAGAAACCGGGUCAGGCGGUCUGCCCUUACGAUCCCCAUCAUAAUUCAACGGCGAUUUAUGUGGAUGGGGAUCUGUACACGGGCACCGUGGCCGAUUUUAGCGGCAUGGAUCCCAUUAUCUACAGGGAACCGCUACAAACCGAACAAUACGACUCGAUGAGCCUGAACGCUCCCGACUUCGUUGGAUCGAUGACCCAGGGAGACUUCGUGUACUUUUUUUUCCGAGAGACCGCCGUGGAAUACAUCAAUUGCGGCAAGGCGGUUUUCUCGAGGGUGGCCCGUGUAUGUAAAAACGACAGGGGCGGCCCACACAGGUUCAGAAAUCGAUGGACCUCCUUCCUGAAAUCCCGACUAAACUGCUCGGUCACCGGUGAAUUUCCGUUCUACUUUAACGAAAUACAAUCCACGACGGAACUGAUCGAAGGCAAAUACGGCGACGUGUCGGCCCAAUUGAUCUACGGCACCUUCACCACCCCCUCGAACAGCAUCUCGGGGAGCGCGGUGUGCGCCUUCAGUCUCCAAGACAUCACCAGCUCGUUCGAGGGCAAUUUCAAGGAACAGGCGGCCAUCAACACCAACUGGUUGCCGGUACCGAGCAACAAAGUGCCGGACCCGAGACCCGGACAGUGCCAUAACGACAGCAGAACCUUGCCGGACUUAACGUUAAACUUUAUCAAGUCCCACUCGUUGAUGGACGAGAGCGUACCGUCCUUUUUUGGGCAACCGAUCGUUAUUCGCUCGAGUUUUCACUAUCGGUUUACCCAAAUAGCCGUCGACCCCCAAGUGAAAGUACCGGGAGGGAAGACCUACGACGUCCUUUUUAUUGGCACAGAUAAUGGGAAAAUAAUCAAAGCGGUGAACGGAAUGUCGGCGGAGACCCGUCACGGGGUCCGCACGGUCGUGGUGGAGGAGAUCCAGGUGUUCCCGGUCCACGUGCCCGUUCGCAGUAUAAAAAUCAUGAGAUCCAACGGGGCGGGCAAAGGGGGCGGCGGCGAGGGGGGCGGCCGAUUAAUCGUCGUCUCGGACAGCGAGGUGCAAUCGCUCCGGUUGCACCGCUGCGACAGCAAUAAAAUCUCGAGCUGCAGUGAAUGUGUGGCCCUCCAAGAUCCCUACUGCGCGUGGGACAAAGUCCAGGGCAAAUGUCGUUCCAGAGGUUCCGGGAGAUGGGGCGAGGAGAGUUACUUCUUCCAGAGUGUGUCCACGGGGGAGCACACCGCCUGUCCGCCAUUAAAAAGCAAAGAUGCCGGUUACGUGGGCGGUUUGAGCUCGAAUCAGCCCAAAUUCAACGAGCACAUGCCCAAUAAGGACCAGCCCGACGGUCAAAUAAUUAAUAUUAUGCAGGAUAAACCUAAUGAGAAUAUUGGUCCGUCAGUGACAGCUACUGACGCUUUAGUAAACCAGUACACGGUGGAAACGCUCAUCAUGGCAGUGGUGGCGGGUGCAGUUUCCGCCCUCGUCGUCGGAUUUAUCGCCGGGUAUCUUUGCGGCAGGAAGUGCCAUAAGGAUGAAGACGAUAAUUUACCGUAUCCGGAUACGGAGUACGAGUAUUUUGAGCAGCGGCAGAAUAUGAACAGUCGCAUCACGGCCGAACCGAAACUGCUGCCGCAAGAAGAGGUGACGUACGCGGAGCCGGUACUCGUGCCGCAACCGCCCCCAAAAAACUACUCGCCGAAGAGUACCCUGCGCAAGGGGGCCGGGGGCGGGCCGGGGCUCCAGAACAACGCCGAGACCCUGUUCCAGUUUCAGGCGGACGGCGGGUACAACGGCCGCGGGGACGCUUUUAGGGGACGAGACAAUUUCGGCACCCUCCGGUCUCAUCAGGGCGACCAGUUCCGUCGACCGGACGGAUUCGCGACCACGCGCAGCGUAAAGAAAGUCUAUCUCUGAGAAAACAGUAGCGAGGAGGGCGCCGGAGGAGGCGUCCGCCGCGGCGGUAACCAGACGGCGCCGCCUCCUCACCACCAUCACCACCUGCACGCCGCCGCCGCCGCCGCCGCCGCCCCUCACCAUCACCGGUUGCCGACCAACGGCAGCGGCGGCUCCUCGAGCAGCCCCUCGCCGCCCUCCUCGUCGCCCAGCCCCUCACCGCCCCACACCGCCUCGUUCAUUUAUCGCGCUUAGCCUCCGGUGAGGAGCCUCUCCUCCUCGUCCUCCGGACCUUAUUGGAGCUAUUGGCGAUUGUAUUAAUAAUUGUAGGUGAGGACGGUUUGGGUGGGUAAGAUUUUUUUUUCGAUCGAUAAUGGCAACUAUUGUUCUUAUUACUACUACUACUACUACAGUACUGCUGUUGUUGGUUGGAGGUUCGUUGCUGGCCACUAUCUGUUUUUAGGGCACUAAUUCGGGUCGAAUUUUACCGUGAAAAGGAAAAAACCUUUCUUUCGUGUACCUAUUGUCUUCCAAUUAAAUCUACUAUAAAUGUGAAAGCAUUUUCUGUUACCUAUAUGUUGAAUCCAAGGUGAAGAGACCCGAAUUAGUAAACGAGAUCCCUGCAGCAGCGCCGUCUCUUGUCAUUUCAACCAACUUAAGUGACAAGUGACUUACUUACAACCAAAAUAAAAAAACCGUAGGCUAUUAUAGGUUUAGGAUGAUAAUUUUCAAAUUUCGAGAGUUAGAGGGACGUAGGGAUCUAGUGUUAGUAACGUGGGAUGAUUCGUCAAAAAAAAAAUGGCACUAAUUGGAUGACGCUGUCACUUGUCAUGUUUUUGCAGUGACAUUUGGGGGAUUUUUUUAAAUAAAUAUAUAUCUGUUAGCGUUGUAACCCCAAUUUUGACGUUGAACUAAAUGUUGCAACAUUGGCUUCUAUUAGUGACAACAAGUUAACUCCAACUUGGCAACGUUGGAACAUUCAUUGACAAAUGACAUUUAAAUUUGGUUAUGUUAUAGUCUUUGUAUAUGUCAUGAGCUGAGGUAAUUUCUGUGGUAUAUUAUUGACAACAAAUUAACUCCAACUUGGCAACGUUGACAUUCAUUGACAAAUGAAAUUUAAAUAUGGUUUUGUGUGUGUCAUGGGCUGAAGCAUAGAUAUUUGCUUAAUUAAAUCUGACUCUAGUCCUGUCUUUGAGCAUUUUAAACUGUCCAAGUGACAGAUAGAUAAUGUAACUAACGUCACUUGUCAGUUGUCACAUGGACAGGGUCGGACCGAAAAUAUUAAAAGCAGUGUUGCCAUUUGCGAUUUAAAUUUAUUCACUUAAAGAAUUGAAAAGUUGAUUUAAAUGUGGCAUCGUUGGCUUCUGUCAUUGACAAAUGGCAGUCGGACCUUCAAGUUUUGACUACCAUAUCAUUUGUCACAUAAUUAAUAUUUAUUUGCAUUAGCAUAUUUUUUAUGUGUCAUGGAAUAAAGUUUAAUAAUUUUCGAAAAUAUCUAAAUUAUAGAAUUUAUGCAUAAAUGUUUGGUUAUUUGAAUCUCACUCCGCUCCUGUCUUGAAUAGAUUUAACUGUCCAAGUGACAGAUAGACAAUGUACUUAAUGUCACUUGUCAGUUCUAACAAGGUCGGAUCUAAAAUAUCGAAUGCAGAGUUGCUGUUUGCUGGCCCUGUCAUUUGUCAAAUAAAUAAUUGACAAGUGACAUUUAAAUGAUAUUCUUGUUAUAUGUCAUGGGCUGAAUCUAAUUUGGAUUCUAAAAGUUACAGACUUGAUUUUAUAAUUAUUGGUCAUUUAUUUGGCAACGUUGCAAAGCCAUUGUUGCCGCUUAGUAUGCCAACAAUUUUGUAGAUGCUCGUUUCCGAAAAUAGAUGCGAUAAGUCUCCAUUUUAAUUUGUUUUUUGACCUGCAGUCCUACAUCACUCUAGGGUGAGAAUAAUCUGAAACAAUUCAUCAACUAAACUUGGCAACGUUGGUUUUUUUAUAUAGCGAACCUAUCAGUCAGUUUUUUGUAUAUAUAGUUCUAAAUUAAAUUUACAAAUGGCGCAACCUAAUCGUAUGCUAUGCGCAUACAAAGUAUCACUCUAUUUCCGGAUAAUAAUUGUAAAAAUGACAUAUACUAUUUAUUUUGAUAAAUAGCGAACUUCUUGGCAACGUUGGCGUUUUCAUUAAGCGAACUUAUCAAUCAGUUUUUUUGACAAAUGACAGUUUUCAUUACUUGACCUGUCAUUGGUCAAAAAGUGGCAAUACAUGAGGGCAAAUGACAUUCCUUAAUUUAGAGAGACUUGGCAACUGUGGCUCUUGUCACUUGUCAAUUCGUUUUUGUUUUUGACAAAUAAUGUUGGCUAGUUCACUUAAUAUAUCUCAGUACGCAAUAAAAACUUCAUAGGCGUACCUGGAAUAGUUUCUUAAUUAUCUCGCUUGAAAGUUGAUAUAACCAUCUAAGUUGGCCACUUUUAUAACCUUAGAUCCUGGGUCACAAAUUCCACUCUAACUAAGAGAGUUUUUAAGCUACAAGAGUCGUUUAUAUACGUAAUUAAUGUAUAAAGAAGGCUUUAACAUUCAACGAAAACUUCAUAGGUGUGCCUGGAAUAGUUUCUUAAUUAUCUCGCUUGAAAGUUGAUAUAACCAUCUAAGUUGGCCACUUUUAUAACCUUAGAUCCUGGGUCACAAAUUCCACUCUAACUAAGAGAGUUUUCAAGCUACAAGAGUCGUUUAUAUACGUAAUUAAUGUAUAAAGAAGGCUUUAACAUUCAACGAAAACUUCAUAAGUGUGCCUGGAAUAGUUUCUUAAUUAUCUCGCUUGAAAGUUGAUAUAACCCUCGAACUUGGCCACUUUUAUGACCUUAGAUCCUGGGUCACAAAUUCCACUCUAACUAAGAGAGUUUUCAAGCUACAAGAGUCGUUAAUAUUCGUAAUUAAUGUAUAAAGAAGGCUUUAACACUCAAUGAAAACUUCAUAGGCGUGCCUGGAAUAGUUUCUUAAUUAUCUCGCUUGAAAGUUGAUAUAACCCUCGAACUUGACCACUUUUAUAGCCUUAGAUCCUGGGUCACAAAUUCCACUCUAACUAAGAGAGUUUUCAAGCUACAAGAGUCGUUUAUAUACGUAAUUAAUGUAUAAAGAAGGCUUUAACAUUUAACGAAAACUUCAUAGGAGUGCCUGGAAUAGUUUCUUAAUUAUCUCGCUUGAAAGUUGAUAUAACCCUCGAAAAUUACCACUGUUAGAGCCUUAGAUCCUGGGUCACAAAUUCCAUUCUAACUAAGAGAGUUUUUAAGCUACAAAAGUCGUUUAUAUACGUACUUAAUGUGUAAAGGAGACUUUAGCACUCAACGAAGACUUCAUAGGUGUGCCUGAAACAGUCCGUAACCGACUUGACAACGUUGGCAACUUAAUAUAGCAGCUCAGGUCACUUUUCAACGAACUUAUUCCUUCUUGACAAAUGACAGUUGAUUAUGUGGUAACUUCUAAACUUGACAACGUUGGAGUAUUUUUUUUUUGACAAAUGACAGUCUGAUUAACCUCACUUUGGUUGCCGUUUUUUUGACGAUCGUCUCGCAAAACAUUUAAAAAAAAAACUGUUAGACCUUUCGGGUUGGCGGUAGGCGAGCCCGAAACGACGUAAUCUCAAAAUGAAAAAAAAAUGAUAUAAAACAAAUAAGUGCUUCUUAUUGAUGUGUUAGAUAAGGAUAAAAAAAAAACCACAUAAGGAUAGAUUGUUAUAAUUUUAGCGAACAUUGUGAUUAGAUUGUAACAUAUAACGAUAUGAUAUUCUUAUAAAUUUAUUAUUGUAGGGAUGGUAUUUGUUUUGUUAUGAUUUACGUGCUUCUACCUAACCUAACAUUAGAAAUUGUGCGUUUUUGCUCAUAUGCGCCCGCACUAACAAAACCCGUUGUUAGUCCGGGGGAGUAUAUUAAAAAAAAAUAGUUUCUUUACUAUCAUUUGCGUCUAGUACUGUACAUAAGACUGAGGAAAAUACUCCAUUAAGUCCACUGUUAGUAUAAUAAACGUUAUUGUUUCGGGUUAUAGCGUAACAGUACAAAAUUCCUAAAAUCUUUUUUAGGUUCUGUUGCUAAAUGCGAUUAAUCUGCUCAAUUUUAGUUGUUCUGCAAAGCACUAAAAUGUCAAUUAUUUGGUAUUUCAUCGUGCGUCGAGGCUUUUUUGAUCUAUAAAUAUUUUUUUUGAGUCACUCUAUAACGUUAUAGCCACAUAGAUGCUUCCAUGACUAAAAUAUAAUUAUAUCACCCUGUAUAUUCUAUAAUGUAACGAAACUCAUCUACUGUAUAAAUCUAGGAUUGUUAACGAUGAUGCUACUUUGACACGAUCUCCAUUUUGUUUUUGAAUACCAAAUAUUUUUUUUUGUAAUUUUUAGGACUAAGUAGAGUUUUAUAUUUUGUUUGUUUGUUUUAUUUUUAUUUUUUUCUAGUACGUUUAGUUGGCAGAAAGAAUGAGGUUAUUCCCGGCAGGUGGGUAACAAAUAAAUGAAAAUAUUGAGGUUAUGUCAUUUGAUUUGUUAGUGACAGCUGUCCACGCUGCCAUAGGUUCGCAUUUUUGACAGCUGUCACUUGGAAAAUUAAUGACGUAAGUCAAAAUGGAGGAUAUUAUACGCAGGGUGGCCAUUUAGUGUUUUUUUCCAAAAAAAUCUUUCUUUUCUUUUUUUUGUAUUUACAUAUUCCUGGCUCUCCUUUUAAUAAGAAUUUUCUAAUUCUUCGGAGGAUCCUUGAUUACUAUGUCGCGUUGCCAGCUUGUAACGAUUUUGCAACAGUGGCAACGUCGAAUAAAAUAAAAUGUGUCAACUGUCAAACGUCAACAAAAUUUAAUGCUAACCUAAAAAUUUGACAUUGAUAUGCACAUUGAAAGUUUUCCUUGAUUUUUUCAUUUCAUUUAUUACGAAUGACUAAAUGGAAUUUAAUUCUACCUUUGGAUACAUUUUUAUAUAAUUCAAGGACUAAUGGUGACAGUGGCAACGUCGCACCUAAUCCAUAUAACCUAAAAGUCUGUCAACUGUCAAACGUCAAAAAAAGACUAAACACUGAUGACUAUAUUGGCAACGUUAUACCGUAUCAUCAAACUGUAAAAAAAAAUUGAAUCCUAACCUAAAGUUUGACACAGAAUUCAAUUCAAGGGAGGAAGUGAGAAAGGUAUGUCAAAGAACCUAAAAUGUCGUCUUUUUUAAAUACACUAUAACUGGCCACCCUGUAUAUAAAAAAAUGUCAUACAGACUUUACGGGGUUGCCACUUUGUAUGGAAACUGUCUUUACCCUAAAAUAUACGAGGUAAAAAACGUGGAAAAUUACCUAUAAUACCAGGUGAAUCAGAAAGUAUAAACGACAUUUAAAGGUUAUGUCAAUUGAUCAGGUAGUAUUUUGAGGUUAUGUCAAUUCUUUAAUUUUUUUAAGGGUUGUUGCCUAUGCAGCUUUUAUUGGGUGAGUCCAUGUUGAAAAACCUGAAUAUAUAUGUUUUUUUCAAAUAAUAACCUUGACGUUAUUCGAUUUUUUAAUCAUCUAAUAGUUUGAGGUUAUGUAAGAUUUUCAAUUAAACGAUUUUCUUAAUAGCCAUGACGUCAUGAAUAAUUUAACAUUUUGAGGUUAUAUAUUAAGUGUAAGAAAACUCUAACGUCAUCAGACUACUUUAAUCAUGUAGUAUUUUGAGGUUAUAUAAUUUUUAACCAUUUGCUCAGCCGUGACGUCAUAGAUCACGUAAUAUUUUGAGGUUAUGUCAAUUUUUUAGUUCUUUAAAGAUUGUUGCUAAUACAGGAUAGAGUGAGUGGAAUAAAAAGUAAAAAACAAUUUUAAAAAAUAUAAAAUUUUAUUAAAUAACAACCUUGACGUCAUCAGAUUAUUGUAAUAGUUUGAUACCAUUCUCUCAGCAGUAGUGACGUCAUAGAACAUUUUGAGGUUAUGGUUGAGUUUUUUUUAAGGGUUGUGACUACUACAGGACUGAUUGGGUGGGCUAAGAAACCUUAAAAAAAAACAAAAUUCUAUUAAAUGACAACCCUGACGUCAACCAACUCUUACACACGUAAUAGUUUAAGGUUAUGUUAUUUUUUAAAAUUUUAAACCGUUUUCUCUUUGAAAUUUGAGGUUAUAUCAUUUUUGUAAUUUUUUUAAGGGUUAUGGUCUUCUAAGGUAUGAUUGAGAUGAAAAAACAUCAUAAAAUACAUAAUUUUGCCAAAUAACAACUAUGACGUCGUCAGACUUUUUAGUCACGUAAUAUUUAGAGGUUAUGUAACGUUUUCUAAUUUUUUUGACAGCUUUCCCAACAGCCGUGACGUCAUAAAGCGUGUAAUAGUUUGAGGUUAUGCCAAUUUUUGGCUUUUCUAAUCGUUGUUGCUAAGACAGGAUUCAAUGGGUGGGAUAAAGCGUAAAAAAAAAUUAAGUAACAACUUUGACGUCAUCAUCCGAUUGUUGUAACAUUUUGAGGUUAUGUUAUUUUUUCCAAUUUAACCGUUUUCUCAAUAGCCGUGAAAUUAUGUAAAAUUUGGAGGUUAUGUUUUUGGUUUUUUAAAACGUUGUUGCCAAUUGGGUGGGUGGAGCAAAUAUUAAAAAACCUUAAAAAAAAUAUUAAAAAUUUUAUGAAAUAGCAACUCUGACGUCAUCAAACUCUUUAAUCAUGUUAUAGUUUUAGGUUAUGUAAUUUUUUCAAUUUUUUACCAACAGCCGUGACGUCAUAAAUCAUGCAAUAUUUUAAGGUUAUGUCAAAUUUUGGGUUCUUUAAGAGCUAAUUUGAUCAAAUAACAACCCUGACGUCAUCAGGCUCUCUAGUCAUGUAAUAGUUUGCGGUUAUGUUAUUGUUGGCCACGACAGCCAUGACGUCAUAGAUCAUGUGUUUUGAGGUUAUAUAAUGUUUUCUAAUUUUUUGACCGCUUUCUCAACAGCCGUGACGUCAUAAAUCAUGUAAUAGUUUGAGGUUAUGUCAAUUUUUGGCUUUUCUAACCGUUGUUGCUAAGACAUAAUUAAAUAGUUGAGCCAAAGAGUGAAAAACAUUAAAAAAAAACAAAAUGUUAUUAAAUAACAACUUUGACGUCAUCAUCAGAUUGUUGUAACUUUUGAGGUUAUGUCAAUUUUUGGGUUUUUUAAGAGCUAUUUCCAAUGCUAAUUCGAUCAAAUAACAACCCUGACGUCAUCAGGCUCUCUUGUCAUGUGAUAGUUUGAGGUUAUGUUAUUUUUGUCCACUUUUUAAUUGUUUUCUCAACAGCCGUGACGUCACAGAACAUGUAAUAUUUUGAGGUUAUGCCAAUUUUUGGCUUUUCUAACCGUUGUUGCUAAAACAGAAUUAAAUAGUUGAGCCAAAGAGUAAAAAACAUAGAAAAAAACAAAAUGUUAUUAAAUAACAACUUUGACGUCAUCAUCAGAUUGUUGUAACAUUUUGAGGUUAUGUCAAUUUUUGGGUUUUUUAAGAGCUAUUUCCAAUGCUAAUUUGACAUAUACCUAUUAUUCCUAUACUAAAGGUAUCCUAUACCGCACAUGAGAGGCGUAUGAAGCGAACAAUUUUGAGACAGAGAUAUGAUUCUCGCAUAAGUCCGUCUCUACCUCGGCCAUUGUCCCACUGCGUAUGCGCCAAAUAUCGUGCUGUUAUUGGUCAGUUUCUCGAACCGCUAUCAAAUUUAAAUUAAAUGAAAUUGGCGCGCUAAAUUCGGCUGAAUCCCCCUCUCUGCUCACUCCAUAAACGGAUCAAUAUAUUUAAGCAUGCGCAUAAAAAAAUGGUCGAGGUAGAGACAGAUUUAUGCGACUAUCAUAUCUCUGUCUCAAAAAUGUUUGCUUCACGAUCUGGCCGUAAUCGGUCGUAUAGGAAUAAUAGUUAUAUGUAAUUUGAUCAAAUAACAACCCUGACGUCAUCAGGCUCUCUAGUCAUCUAAUAGUUUGAGGUUAUGUUAUUUUUGUCCACUACAGCCAUGACGUCAUAAAUCAAUCAUGUGUUUUGAGGUUAUGUAAAGUUAUUUCAAUGUCUAUAGAAACUGUGACAUGGUAAUAUUCGUGUUCAACACUUUAAGGUUAUGUUAUUUUUUUGCACAUUGUUUGUUUAUUUCUAAAGCUCGUCUGUCCCC